GUAAACCCUAAAAUUUAACCAUUUUUCUUCAUCCAUAGUUCUGUAUCAGAUUUUGUAUGAUCUCAUUCUUGUUUAUGUUAUUCUGCUUUGGAUUCACUAGAGAAUCUAAAUGUUGGUUUGUCUUUCAUUUUUUUCACCAUUGAUCGUUUUAUAAAUUAGCUUUUAUCUUUUCCAUUCACCAGAGAAUCCAAAUACUUGUUUUGACUUCCAUUUUUUCGCAAUCGAUCGUUUUAUAUAUAGCUUAAUCUACGCGCCGAUCAAAAGCUUCCUUUGUUGUUCUUUUCGUUUGGAUGAUAAUAAUUUUCAAUUUCUUACUAAUUUUUGGAAAAUCAGCAUAAUAUACACAGUUCAUGGAUAUAGAAUCAACCUCUGAUGUUAGAGAUCUAGUGUUUGUGUGCGAAUUUCUCUACUUGGGAGUUAGAAUGACAUGUCUGAGCUUUCUUUUCUCUUAAACGAUUCGAAUAAUCGAGAUUCUUUUGAAUGCUGAGUAGCUUGGGAAUGAUUUCUAUUUAUUAAGUGCUAUCAGAUGUGAUGGUUUUGUUAUUUAGUGAAACAAUUCGAGUAUAUGUGGGUUUUAUUAAGCUGUAAAUUAUUUUAUGAUAGAUAAGAUCUGUUGGUUGUUAUUGAAUGGACUGAUUAAGAAAAUUUGUCUUGGUCUUGACAUCUUGAUGCAUUAUAUUAGUAGUUGGAUGUGUGCAGGGCGGAGCUAGAAAUUUAUAGUAGUGGGGGUAGAUUCUAACAACAAUAAUACCAUAUAUACUUAAUCUGGGAACUUUAUUUAGAGACUUAAUAUAUUGCUAUCAUUGGUUUAGCAAAGAGACGACAUUUAACGAUGAUACUGAGGCCUGGAUAUAGGGAAAGACGGUGAGAGAGGGGGGGACUAGAUAUAGGGAAAGAGUACCAAGAACUUAGAAUGGUUUUUUGAACACAUGUCGCGGGAUUCAACUAGAUAAACAUUUAUAGGUCCACUUAAUUGAGAGUUGAGAAACUUACUCCAAAUAUAAGAGAUGAUUACACAGAUUAAAGUGUAUGAGAAUUUUUUGUGGGGGCAAAUCUAGGAUAUAUUGAAAUUUAUCUAAAAAUUAAUUUGCAAAAAAAUAUUGAGUGGGGACUAUUGCCUACACAUAAGCCUAUAUGGCUCUGCCCCUGGGUGUGUGUACUUGUGUUGGCAGUACUAUAAUCAUUGGAGAAUGUAUAUGUCAUUAAUUGAUAAACUUGAAUUUAUUGAAAAUGAUUGGAAUCCUUUUAAUGGCACUUCGGUCUAUCUAAGCCAGUUAGACUGGAAUAUUUUAACACUUGUGGUAUACUUUCGGUGGCAUUUGAUUUGUCAGUUACACAGGAGCACAAAACAAGCAAGCCUUGAAAGCUUUCUCUGGUUGAAUUAGUGCUUCUAGCGGAGGGGGGUUGGUGGUGAUAAUCGUUGGUGCUUUCUCUUGAUCUCACUUUUUUGGGACUUCCGUUUUUAUUUUACGUGGAUUUCCUAUUUACUUUUGUCCUCCUGUUUGGGUUUCUGCAUGCACGUCUAUAAUCAUGCAUAUUCCCAAAAACCUCACAGAGCAAAUACUUGGUGUUGUUGGCUCCCAUUGUAAAUGUGACUAAUAAGAGCUUGUUAUUAUAAGUUUCGGUUGCAAACUGAGCUAUAACAGUUCCAGGGGUGGGGGUACAUCAUAGCUAACUAAUAAGACAGUGUUAUUGUCAUUUGUUUAGAUCACAUACACAACAAUGGUGAAAGGUGUUGCAGUUCUCAGUAGCAGUGAGGGUGUUAGUGGCACCGUCUUUUUUACCCAAGAAGGAGAUGGUCCAACUACAGUUACAGGAAAUCUUUCUGGCCUUAAACCUGGACAUCAUGGUUUCCAUGUCCAUGCUCUUGGAGAUACAACAAAUGGCUGCAUGUCAACAGGGCCACAUUUCAAUCCUGGUAGCAAAGAGCAUGGUGCACCAGAUGAUGAGAAUCGCCAUGCUGGUGAUAUUGGCAAUGUUACAGUUGGCGAAGACGGUACUGCUUGCUUCACUAUUGUUGACAAGCAGAUUCCACUCUCUGGACCACAUUCCAUCAUUGGAAGGGCUGUAGUUGUCCAUGCUGACCCUGAUGAUCUGGGAAAGGGAGGCCAUGAACUCAGCAAAAGCACUGGAAAUGCUGGUGGAAGGGUUGCCUGCGGAAUCAUCGGUCUGCAGGGUUGA